AUAAGUGUGUCCAGAACAUGCGUCAGUUUAGUCACACCUAUAUGCGUAAUUUGAGGUCACUAUGCCAUAACAAGUAUACCCGUCUGGUAAAUUUAUUUUUCAGAAUUAGUUUGUGUAGAAUUAGUUGUGGGUUUCUUGUGAUUGGAUCUCAUCCUCCCCUUUUCCUUUUUUUUUUUUGAGCCUUGUUCUAAUUCAUGAUCUAUUUCUUCUAUGGCAAUGAAUAUUGGCAGGUGAGUAGGACUAAUCGAGCCAAUUGAAGCUGAAGCGUGGAUGACAAAUACAACAGGUUAAUGAGUUUAAAACUCAUGGAUAGUCAUCGAGCAUGACAGCCAUCAUAUAUUAAGUGAGGACCCAAGAAGAGCUAAUUACAUAAUAAGAUCAAAAUGUUGGAUGAGAGAAAUUUCUCGUGCGUACAAUUUUUUCCAUACAUUUCCGAGUAAACAGUAGGAAUUUUAUAUAUAAAAUAAAGCCUAUACUUUUUAUUUGACUCAGUUCCUCAUCUUGUUUCUAGGAUCUUUAAAUUGGACGCUUUUGUAGAGUAAGUCCAAACUCAAUUCUAACGAGAUGAGUGUAGAUAUUUGCUCUUUUGAAAACCCAUUCGCUGCUAUCGUCGCCCUUGCGGUGGGCGUUAACCACCACCCUCGUCAAUUUCCUCGAGGAGAUUUAAUGCUUCUCAGUCACACUCUGUUGACUUGACUGCCUCACCACCACCACCAGCAAAAACCUGCAAAACACUGAAGCAGCAGCAGCAGCAGAAGGGUGGAGAAAUGUUGGUGCCACAAGCAGUUUGCCGGGCCUCCGUUCCACCCACCUCCCUCUCUUACCCUCCCAGACCAAAAGCAACUCUCCAUGGCCCACCUCCGACAACGUCCACCCCUAUGCUUCUCCCUCUAUCGUCACUGUUCGUUUCAAAAGCAAAAGCCUGUGCUUUCUGCCUCCUCUGUUCCCUCCUCUUUCCAUUCAAAUCUUCCUCUUACUGCGCUACCUACUCCCCACAACUCCUCCUUCUCCUUCUUCUUCCUUCCACUUGUUGCUCUCUCCCCCUCCUCAUGAAGACCCCUCGACCACCCUCCCCCUUCCGCUUGAAUUCCAACGCCGGCACCGGUUGUGUGUCUGCGUUCGUUCGUCGACUGUUGUGCGCGAGCCUCAGUGGCAAUGCAGCCGGUGACAGUGGUGCUGCGCAGAAGAAGACACAGCCGGUGAGUCCCUCCGUGGUGGCGCGGAUGAUGGGGCUCGAUUCGAUGCCAGUGUUCCCCUGCGCCUCUCCGGAGUCUGGGCGGUCACUUUGUGAAGCUCCUGUUUUCCUGAGGCAGGAGAACGAGAACUUCCUGGUUCUGAGCUUCGUUCCUGAGGAGAAAGUAGAGAGAAUUGGCAGGAAAUGUAAGCUAAAGAAGAGGAAAGAGGAAUUCUCCAGCGGAGUGGAGACCAGAAACAAUCGCAAGAAUUCUGUGCUUGGAAAGGAGAAUUCACCUGAGAAAGAGCACCGAAGUAGCAAACCUUGCGGAAUUGACGACUGUAACAGCACAAAGAACAUGCCUUGCUGCUGCCAUCAAGAUCUUAGUCCUGUUUCAGUCCUGGACUAUCCUUUCCUCAUCCGCUACUCUAAUUCUCUCGAUUCAGAAGAAGAGGAGAUAUCAGAGUUCCAGAAUCCAAGGAGACUCUCAUCUAAGUUUGAGAACCUCAACUGCACAGCCUCAGAUUUUCAUCUACACUCUAGCAGCAGAGAACCGCCCGCAACUCAUGAGACAACAAGCAAUUUCAAGCCUGUCGGUCAAGAUCACAGUCAAAAUUGGCUCAGGAUUAUCGAGCUCACAGAAGAGGAAGUGAAGAGCAAGGUUUGGAGGUCGGAAGAGAACCGUGAGAUAGCAGCAGAAGUUGCAAAGAAGGUGCUCGAUCUACUUCUCGAGGAAACUGUCUCUGAGAUUUCCAAUUCAAUCAUCAGAUCAUGUUCAUAAGUGGUAUAUAGUUCUUCCUCACCAUUUGCAUGUAAUAUCAGACAUCUAUAAAUUAGAAAUUAAUAA